AAAGGUGAGAUGGAAGUAGCCAGCGGGAUCAAUCCAUGGCGACCUUUCCAUCCAUAACCGGACUCCCUACGCUUCCUACUCUUAGUAGUCGAUUCCACCGCUUACGUGGACUCCCGCACCCCCCAAAGCUCCUCUAUUUCUUCUCCUCGUCCAACGCUCGCCACACGAACUAUUUCUUCCCCAUCUCUUCCCAUACGCUAACCCUAUCCCUAUCCCUGCAUCUUCGGCGAUCCUCCGUCCGCCAUUAAUCUGGUCGGCGAGAGAGGGGGAGAAGAGAGAAAGCACAGGGAGGGAGGGAGAGAGAGAGAUGGAUCUCCAGACGAAUCACUCUAUGUUUGAGAGGCGCCAGCCCGCCAAAGAUCGGACCCCCGCCGUCCGAUGGUUCAAGGAAUGGGUUCCGCAAGACAUGGUGGCGACUGGUGGCAAGUGCUCUCUUUUGAAGUGGGUUACAGAGCCAAAACCAGAACCAACCACAGAGGUUCUUUUCCUUUGCAGCUAUGAAGGUUGUGGGAAAACUUUCAUUGAUGCAGGGGCUUUGAGGAAACAUGCUCACAUUCAUGGAGAGAGGCAAUAUGUUUGCCAUUUUGAAGGCUGUGGAAAGAAAUUCUUAGAUAGUUCCAAGUUGAAAAGACAUUUUCUUAUUCAUACAGGAGAAAGGGAUUUUAUAUGUCCUCAUGAAGGCUGUGGUAAGGCCUUCUCGUUGGAUUUUAAUUUAAGGGCGCAUAUGCGAACGCAUUCACUGGAGAACUAUCAUAUUUGCCCUUAUCCAGAAUGUGGAAAAAAAUACACACAUGAAUGCAAAUUAAAAAGUCAUAUAAAGGCACACCAUGAAAAGAACUCGGUGAUUGAUGGAAUUAAGCACACAGCACCAGCAGAUAAGCUCCAUAAUACCCCAAAGACACCUGUGGUGGCAUAUGGUUCUGCAUCCUCGGACCGUCCCUAUGCUUGUCCAUAUGAAGGCUGUGGAAAAGCCUACAUUCAUGAGUACAAACUAAACCUCCAUCUGAGAAGGGAACAUCCUGGCCACAAUUCAGAAGAAAAUGGCAAGCAUGCACCUGCUGCCGACCAUGCCAUGGAUGAAGCUAGCGAUCAGGAUGCUUAUAUUGCAAAGGGUGGUGGUGGCAAGAACAACAAAAGAAGCAAGCCCAAUCUCAUACAGAAGAUGCCACCUGCGAAGGUGCCGAAUCGGAAGGACUCAAAUUUGGCUCCUGCAAACGUUAGCACUGUCAAGAAGCAGUGGGCAAGCAAAGAGGUUUAUGAGGAAGAUAGUGAAGAGACAGAGGAAGAUCGAGACAAUGUUGAAGAGGAUGGGUGGAGGUAUCAAGGGGUGAAUGGUGAUGAUGAGGAGACAGAGGAUGAAGAUUAACUCUUUGACUGCAGUCUCUGAUAUGUUGCAUGAACACCAGCCAUGUUUCUGAAUGUUCACACAGUUGAGAUGUAGUUGAUGUCCACCAUACCUCGUGUCAUGCAGCAUCACAAUAGUCAUGUUGUUGUGGUAUUACUGUUGUUGUGGUAUUACUGAAUUUUGGUUAGAUCUUGUUGAAUGUGAUGCCCGAUUGGGAGCAUUCAUAGCAGGUGUAAGUUAUAUCCAGGCAGACUGGGUGUGUUUGUGUAUUAAUUGCAGUCCUUGUCGUGCUUUUAGGUGAGAUGCUGGCCCUUCUGCUAAGAUAUGCAGAAACAGCUGUGAGGCUUGAUGUUCUUUAUCAACACCAGACUCACCUUCAAGUCAGGAGUUCUAAACUGAGUUAUGUAUCACGGCUUCUUAAGUGAUGAAUGUGAUGCAAUGUAAGCAGUGGGUUUUAAUGUUUUAGGUAUUUGUUAGGAGGUUGUCUAUUUUUUGAUGAA